UUCAAAAAUCGAACACUCAAAUAUCAGAGUAUUUACAAAUUAUACAUGCUCUAGAAUAUUUUUAUUAGUUUUUGUAAUAUUGUAUUUAUUAAUAAUUUAUUAUAUUAGAUUAGCGUAAUAUAGCUAAUCACAUUUAAUAAGCCCUCUGCGUAAAAUACGAUGGCUGCUGAAAAGGUGAUAAAUCUAAACGAGCCGAGAUGGGACCAAAGCACGUUUGGUGGUCGAGCGAAGCAUUUCAUUACUCUCACAAAUCCUUUGAACUGCCUGGCUACAGACUCUCAACUAGAUCACGCCAAAAGUAUCCUCGAUGAGUAUAAAAAAACUAAGAAGCUGCCUGCCGGUGUAGACGAAGAUAAACUAUGGGCUGCCAAAUAUCUCUACGACAGCGCGUUCCACCCCGACACUGGGGAGAAGAUGACCAGGAUAGGUCGCAUGUCUGCACAGGUGCCGAUGAACACAAUCGUCACUGGAUGCAUGAUAACAUUCUACAAGACGACUGCAGCUACAGUAUUCUGGCAGUGGACCAAUCAAACAUUUAACGCUAUUGUUAAUUAUACUAAUCGUUCUGGAGACGCGGUCAUCACCCCGAAGCAAUUAUUAGCAUCUUAUGUUGCGGCGUGCGGUGGUGCCUUAAGUACAGCCUUGUACCUCAAAAGUAAAGUAAAGUACAUGAACCCGAUGUACGCGCGGUUGGUGCCCUUCGCGGCUGUCUGCAGCGCUAACUUUAUCAAUAUUCCCAUGAUGAGGAGCAAUGAAUUAUUGCACGGAACGCCCGUAUUUGCUCCGGAGGGGCAAAGAGUGGGGGAUUCCAAGAAAGCAGCUCGCAAGGGAAUCUUUCUUGUGUGCAUAUCCAGGGUGGCCAUGGCUCUUCCCGGCUUUACUUUCGUGCCAUUGAUCACGAAUAUUGCGGAAAAUAGAAACCUGUUUUGCCGGUACCCAAUGGCCGAUUUGCCAUUCCAAAUGGCGCUAGUGUGUCUCUGUUUCACGUUCGCUACACCCCUGUGCUGCGCCUUGUUUGAUCAGAAGGCCACCAUGCACAUCAAUGAUAUUGAAAAGAACUUAAAGGAGGAGGCGCUUAAGAUCUCUCCCAAGACGGACACAGUUUACUUCAACAAGGGUCUGUAAGGUGCAGGUGCAAUGUUGAACCUUCCCAAUUGGGAUGGAUUCCCAGUGUACCUGUACUGCUCGUCAGUCGUGUUGGUACCCAUUUUUCUACGAACCCUAGCGGGAGUCGAGAGGAAAACGUGGAAUGCUUUUAUGCUAAGCGACUCAACCUUCAUAAAAAUACUCCUUAUAAUGCAAGUUCUCCAGUGUUUACAGAUUGCUUCUUUUUAAUAGUUUGCCUUUUAGAGGAAAUAUGAUAACUGAGCCGUGCAUAAAAAAUCAGGCAAUCACCUAAUGUCAACGUUUUGAUGACAUUCAAAUUGUGCAAUAGUUAUUGUUUCAUCGAAUUCUGAAUCGAAUUAUCGUUAUUUCGACACAAGAAACGUAGACGAGGAAUGAACUGUUUUUCUAUAUUAGCUAAAGAAGCUAAGACCGUGGAAGUGUUUUCCUGUGCGGUCAAAAAUACGCAUUGUUUUGUUCUUAGUCUGCAUAUACCGUCUUAAACAGUAAUCUUGAACGGUACUCAGGCUUUGAUCAUUUAAAUUGGUUGCACGUUUGGAUAGUCCCAAUUAUCCUUAUCUUUUACUUUUUACCUCGCGUUUUGUGGAAAUCUCUCUUUGUUAUCCAGGCCCGCUCGUCUUUACCUAGCCGGCCCUAGGUAGCGACAAAAAAUAGGAACAUACCGUUCCAUGGAAAGGAGCUCUGGUCUUAGCACGCAUUAAGAAAAUUGUGGGCCUCCAUCUGUCGUAAGACCCUAGGGUCAUGCUUAUAUUACCCGAGGAUAAGCGGGCUAUCCAAACGAAAUGAAAAUCUAUUUUCAUUCUUCAAAGAAUGGCUUUGCCAUUAAUGGUAGUGGAUUACAAUCGUCGGAAGUGGUUUUAAAGUCUUUGUAGUAUAAACAUCCAAGUGAAACAAGGGCUAAAUCUCGACCCUAAUGUCAAAUGAAAAUCUUCUUUGCCAUUUAUGGAAGUGGAUUACAAUCGUUCUGGUUUAUAGUUUCUAGGUCCAUGAUUCAGCUAAGAACCUAUCCUGAUAGGCUGAUACACUUUUGCAUAUUGUUACAUUAAGCCCUCUUUUUAACAACGCGAUGUUCCGUUGCAAUUGCAACGUAUAUCUGCCCGUUGUGUUAACAAACAUGGCUACACUUUAUUAUUGAAUACUGUGCGUUGGUCCCUCGCCUAUCAUAAAAAUCGGGCCGUUGUCCGUUCUCGUUAACUUCCCUUAAAACUAGAAUUUAAACUACAGAGGUAGAGGAAACAUACAGCCAAAUCAAAAUGAGAGAUCAGAAACUUUAUUUGACCAUAAUGACAAAUGAUAAUCCAUCUACUCUUUUUUGCCAUCAAUGGAAGUGGACAAAAAUGGAAGUGCUCUGGAAUACAGUUCUUACGUACCUAUAGUUCGGUUCAGAGUUCAUAAUUUUGUAAGUUUUAAUGAUUUUAAUUUUUAAACCCCGAAGCAAAAAGAAGGGUGGCGUAAGUUUGACGUGACUGCCUGUGGCGUCGUAGCUCCCGAACGGAUAAAGCGAUUUCAAUAUAGCUUUAAAAGUAAUUUAUGUCCGAGUGCUCUGAAACAUGUUUGAUGAAAACAGGUUGAACCGUUGAAAAUUAUUGAGGUAGGGAUGAAAGUGGGGAAUCCGAAUGUCGGAAUAAAUACUCGAAUGGGGUAUCAAAAGAAAGGUCAUCGGUCACAGUUCCCCUGUUUCACUCCCUACAACUCUCAAACGGCUAUAUCAAUUUUCAUCAAACAUGUCUUAGAAGUCAAAUCUUCUUUGAUACAAAAAAACUGAAUUGAAAUAAUACUUGCUUAGCCCGUUCGGGAGCUGCUACGCCACAAACGGACACGUAAAGCCUAUACCGCCCCUCUUUUUGCUCCGGUGGUUAAAAAUAGUAAAAUAUGUCGCGUUGGGGGACCGUGAAAACAAAACAUGAUUAGGUGCGGUCUCCCAACGUGACGUAUAUUUUUUAAUUUUUUAAGGUAAGUUUAAGGUUUUUGUGUCGGGGGUUUUAAAUUUUUUAAUUUAUAUACAGUGUUAUUUACUUCAAUGUUUUCAAAAAAAAUGCUAAGAAUGGAUUUCACCAUUAGUCAAAUGAGGGAUUUAAGUUAUAAAUAGAAUGGUGCAAUCCACCCUUAGUAGGUACACCAGAUUGUUUUAAUUUAUGAAUAAAUUAUCACGAUUGAGUCGAAA